AUGGAGCAAGCUACUUUACUGCAUGAGAAGUUUGGUCGCCACUCAGUUGACUAUUACUUCGAGGAAAUCAUGCAAUGCUCGAAGCUACACAAGGGCACAUGCAAGGCCAACAAAUGGAACACUUUCAUUAAAAAAGAAGUCGAACGUCAUAACGCAGCAUUACCAGCCGGCGAGAAACAUCACAAGGCAUGUGAGCUCAUGUCCAAAAUUCGCACAUGUUGGCAGGAGAUGGACAAAGAUCAAUGCACCCUCGAAACUCAAGACGUCAUCGAGACCCUUACUGAGCAUCGUGAAAUGAAGGAAUUAGCCACUCACAACACCAUGAUUCAUGCAUUCAAUGACACUCAGGGGACCCUCGAGAAGAUAGAUUGCGAGUUGACAGCUUUACAUAGUCGUACCGGUGUUGAAUUCAUCUUGCUUGCUGAGUUCUUCGAUUAUUGCUUCAAGACUUCGAUUGGCACACUUGCAUUUCGCUUCGAAGGCUAUUGUAUUGCAGGUGUACAAGGCCUUGCGAAGACUCACCUGGAUGAGGUCCUCAAGUUGAAGAAGAAGCUAAAGGCCGCAGCGGCACCUGCACAGGCACAGCGCAUGUAUUACACUAACUUCGAUACCAACAUUACAGCAAAGUACCGCGUGGUACUCGAGAAGUGGCCACUAUCGAAGUUCUGCUGCCCUGGUGACAUAAGUUCAUGCAAUGAACUUCGUGUCUUAUACCAUGCCUGGAAUACUAACACUACUUGCUUUCGGCAGCUUUCAGAUGUCGAGUUCAAGGAUUGGGAGAAUGGAAGGUGUGAUGAUAAGAUGGCUGAAAUGUCGAGGGAUGUUGAUGAAGACAAUAUGUCUACUCCUCCUGCGCAGUCACCUUCCCCCCCUUUGAUGGAGGCACCUACUACGUUGACAGCGGGUAUUCAGUCUCAGCCACUUUCAGCAAUGCAGAGUGGAAAGCGGCCUGGGGAGGAGCUCAAUGGUGUGUUCUCUGUCUCGGGAGAGGCCAUGCCGGUCUAG